CGCAGCGGGAACACUGGGGGAGUCCGCCUCUGCUCCUCACAUGACACGAGAAUUUUGGCGGGAAUUAGAGCGCCCAGUUUGAGUCUCUCAGCUGCAGUGUAUUUCCCGCGUUUCUCGGACAUACAGAAUGCCGGUAGCAGCAGCGGAGGAGACGGCGUGUGUACACCCGGAGCAGGCCCCCCCUCACCACGAACAGCCCCCCCAUGACGAGGAGCAAUAUCUGGAUCAGAUCCGACAUAUCCUCCACAGGGGGUACCGCAAGGAGGACCGGACCGGUACCGGGACCUUAUCUGUGUUCGGCAUGCAAGCUAGAUACAGCCUGAGAGAUCAGUUUCCUGUGCUUACGACAAAGCGGGUAUUCUGGAAAGGAGUGCUUGAAGAGCUUCUGUGGUUCAUUAAGGGCUCCACAAAUGCAAAAGAGCUUUCUGAAAAAGGGGUGAAAAUCUGGGAUGCAAAUGGUUCCAGAGAGUUCUUAGAUAAGCAAGGCUUUACUUCACGGGAGGAAGGGGACCUUGGACCUGUAUAUGGUUUUCAAUGGAGGCAUUUUGGUGCCGAAUACAAAGACCUUCAUACAGAUUACACAGGGCAGGGAGUUGACCAGUUGCAAAGAGUCAUUGAAACAAUUAAAAACAAUCCAGAUGACAGGCGGAUCAUUAUGUGCAGUUGGAAUCCCAAAGAUCUCCCUUUGAUGGCACUUCCCCCAUGUCAUGCUCUUUGCCAAUUCUAUGUCAUCAAUGAUGAGUUGUCGUGUCAGUUAUACCAGCGAUCUGGCGAUAUGGGCCUAGGUGUACCAUUCAACAUUGCCAGUUAUGCUUUAUUAACCUAUAUGAUCGCUCACGUCACAGGAUUGAAGCCUGGUGACUUUAUCCACACACUGGGAGAUGCUCAUGUUUAUCUCAAUCACGUUGAACCAUUAAAAACGCAACUUCAAAGAAAACCUAGGCCAUUUCCUAAGCUGAAAAUCCUUCGCCAAGUGGAAAACAUCAAUGACUUUAAAGCAGAGGAUUUCAAGAUUGAAGGUUAUGAUCCUCAUCCUACUAUCAAAAUGGAAAUGGCUGUAUAAUGUGUGUGUUUUUUUUUUUGUUUUUUUUUAUAGUAGUCUUUGUAUAGUAGACUGAUGUUUUCAGUUGUGCACUAAAGGUUCGUUUUGUAUACUGUAUAUGGCUGUGUAUGUUUAUUCAUUUUAGUAAUUAAAGUAUAAAUUGUGACUGCUUACUUCAAACACUCAUACAUACUAUGCCAACUUUAUUCUUGUAUACGCCUGAAGUGGAUGUUUAGCAGUAGUCCACUGAAAGUUUCUGGUUUUAGCACCAUUCCAGCCACAAAAUGUUAAAGUUUGUUAAGAUUUAGAAUGUCUGUCUCUUUUCCUGUUCAUCCUUCACUUAGAUUGAAAGUUAGUAGUAAUAUCCCAAAUGGAGGCAGUUAAAAAUAAAAAA